AUGGAGCCAGACGCCGAACCCUCGGACGUGGAGGUUCCCGCCGGGCGCGUGCUCAGCGCCCGAGAGCUGCUCGCCGCCCGCACGCGGCCCCAGAAGCUCCCCCAGCGCUCUCAUGGCCCCAAGGACUUCCUCCCGGACGGCUCGGAGGCCCAGGCCGGGCGGCUGCGACAGUGCCGCCAAGAACUCUGGCAGCUGCUGGCAGAGGAACGCGUGGAGCGCCUGGGCAGCUUGGUGGCCGCAGAGUGGAGGCCGGAAGAAGGCUUCGUGGAGUUGAAAUCUCCUGCGGGCAAAUUCUGGCAGACCAUGGGCUUCUCAGCGCAGGGCCGGCAGCGGCUUCACCCCGAAGAGGCCUUGUAUCUACUGGAGUGUGGCUCCAUCCAGCUCUUCCAUCAAGACCUGUCCUUGUCCAUCCAGGAGGCCUACCAGCUGCUGCUGACCGAGGACACUGUGACUUUCCUGCAGUACCAGGUCUUCAGUCACCUGAAGAGACUGGGCUAUGUGGUUCGACGAUUCCAGCCAAGCUCCAUCCUGUCCCUUUACGAGAGGCAGCUGAACCUGGACGGCAGCACCCAACCCCUGGAGGGUGGGCAUGGCAAGAGGAAGAGGAGGAGUUCCAGUUCUCGCUCCAUGCCUAAGAAGCCCAAGACCCCGGAGAAGCUCCUGCAGGGGCUGAAUGGGACACCCGAGAGCCAGGCGACCUCAGACCCACCUCUCUGCAUCAGCCAAGGCCCAAAGGAGGAAGUGCAGAAGUCAAGCCCCAAAAAGGAUCCAGAGUUUCUGGGAUCCCUGGACCCUUGGCCUGGGUUGGCCAGGGAUGGGGUGGGGUGUAACCAGGAGGGUGGCAAAGUAGAGAAUGGGGCCACGGGGACUUGUAAGACACGCUGGGACUUUGAACAGAUCUCCUUCCCCAACAUGGCUUCAGAUAGUCGUCAGACCCUCCUGCUUGCCCCAGCCCCUGAGCUGCUCCCAGCCAACAUCACCGGGCGGGAGACAGAUGCCCAGUCCUGGUGUCAGAAGCUGAACCAGCGGAAGGAAAAGCUCUCCUGGCGGGAGAGACAGGCUGAGACCCAGCACUUCCGGGAAGAUGUCAAUGCGGACCCUGAGGUGCAGCGCUGCUCCAGUUGGCAGGAGUACAAAGACUUGCUGUGGAGGCGGCAUCUGCGGAAGACCCUGAACCGCCCCCCACACCUGUGGGAUCAGCCUGUCACCCCACUGCUGAGUCCUGGCCAGGCCGACUCCCCAGCCACAGUCCUCCAGCGCAUCUCGGUGCUGCAGACGACACACCUGACUGACGGAGCGGCCCAGCUGCUGGAGAAGUCUGGGGACUUGGAGAUCAGCUUCGACGUGUACCAGGCCAACGCCGUGGCCACUUUCCGAAAGAAUAACCCUGGCAGGCCCUACGCUCGGAUGUGCAUUAGUGGAUUUGACCAGCCGGUCCCAGACCUCUGCACCCUCAAACGGUUAUCCUACCAGAGUGGGAAUGUCCCCCUGAUCUUUGCCCUGGUGGAUCAUGGAGAUAUUUCCUUCUACAGCUUCCGAGACUUCACACUGCCCACCGACCUGGAUCACUGA